AUGUAUAAUACUUUCAGAUAUUUGAAGUUAUCAUAUAAAUAUAUUUUAUUAUUAUUAUUUUUUCAAAAUUUUGUUUUUUCUCAUGAUUAUUCUACACAAUCAAGUAAGGAAAAUGAUUUUUUUGUUGAAGCAUAUGAAUUGCUUGAUAGAGGAGAAUACGAAAAAUCCUUCUCAAUUUUAAAAGAUUGUGUUCACUAUGAUUUAAGAUGUUUAACACUUAUAGGAAAUUUCUAUUAUUUAGGACUAAAGCCUGUAGAGAGAGAUGUGUGUAACGCUCUUUAUAUAUGGAAGGUGUGUUCUGAUUAUGGUAGUUCAGAUGCUCAAUUCUAUUUAGGUGUGAUGUAUUCAAAUUAUUUUUCUUUACCUAAUUUAUAUUCUUAUUAUGCAGAGGAACAGAAAAUAGAAGAUAAUAUUAUUUUAUUUAGAAUAUAUCUGUUUUUAAAAGUAAAACAUUUAGAAAAGGGCAUAGCAGAUUGCAUAUGGGGGAGAAAAGAAAAAUAUAAAGAUGAAGAUAAAGAUAAAAAAUUUCGAAGUGUUCCUGUAAUAAGAUUUACUGAAAAUAAUGAGUUAGUAUUAAAAAUAAAAAAUAUAAGAUAUAAUAUAGAUGAGUUAGAACUUUAUUUUAAUAAUUUAAAUAAUUUCCCAGAUAAAUAUGAUAAAGAAAAAGAUGGAAAUAUAAAUUAUAAUUACACAAGAAAUCAUAAUUUAAGCUUAUUAUACUUUUAUAGUAGUAACUUAGCUAAUCAUCCAGGAAGCAUUUUAGCACUUGGAAUAAAACAUAUGAAUGGAUAUGGAGUAGAAAAAGAUUGUGAAGCUGCUUCCAGGUAUUAUUUAAAAUUAACAAAUGAUAUAUUUAAUUCUGAUGAGAAAACAGAAUUUGAAAUAAUUGAUCUAAUACGAUUAAACAUACCAUAUUAUGAUAAAUAUAGCAUGAAUAAUAAAAAAAUAAAAAGUAUUGAACUAUUACUAGAAUCAUCUUUGCAUAAUAAUCAUAAAGUAUUAACUAUGAUAGCUAGAAGGUAUUUAAUUGGAAUAGAUGGUGUAAAAAAAGAUUAUAAAAAAGCACAUAAUUAUUUAAUAAAGGCAGCAAAAUAUAAAAACUCAGAAGCUAUAUCUUUAUUAGGAUAUAUAUAUUUAUUAGGGUUAGGAGUUAAAAUUGAUUACGAUAAAGCAAUUGAAUAUUUUAUUGAAGGUAACAAAUUGAAUGAUUCUUUAAGUUAUAAUGGAUUGGGUUAUAUGCAUUUUUUUGGUUUAGGUAAUUUUAAAAAAAAUACAAAUUUAGCUUUUUAUUACUUUGAAUUAGCAGCAAAGGGAAAUUUAUCGUCAGCUCAAUUUAAUUUAGCUUGUAUGUAUUUAAGUGGAGUUGGCACAUCUCAGUCUUUUCAAAGUGCAUUUUACUGGUUUUAUAAAUCUUUAAAUAAUGGAAAUUUGUUAGCUGCAUACGUUAUUGGGUUUAUGCAUUAUAAUGGAAUCAUAACAUCAAGAAAUUGUAAAUUAGCUUUAUCUUUAUUAUCUAAGGUAGCAGAAAAUAAUCCUUUUAUUAUAAGUACAACUAAUAAAAUUAUAAGAUACACAGAAAAAGGAAGAAAUAAAGAAGCAUUAUUUUUAAUGGCAUUAUUAGCAGAAACUGGAUGUUUGCAAUCACAGAUCAAUUUAUCAUAUAAAAUUAUAAAUUCGGAAUUCUCCCUAUUCUUACCUUCAGAUCCUAAUUCGAAAAAAAUUUAUGCUAGUAGGUAUUUAGCCAUGGCAUCUGAACGUAAUGAUUUUAAAUCAUUAUACAUACUAGGUGAUUAUGCUUAUAAAGGAUAUGGUAUAUAUGUUCAUUUAUUACCCAAGAAUAAUUUACCUAUUAAUCCAUUAUAUGAUUUAAAUGAUAAUAAGUAUUUAUACAAAAAGAACAAAAGAAAGAAGGUAACUGAUAAUAAUAAGAAGAACAACAGCACUUUAAACAAUAAAAAUAUACUAACAAACUCUAACGAAAUAAUAUCUACUGAUUUUAUUGAUGAACAAGGUAUUGUUUUUAAUAAUAAAUGGAGAUUUAAUUAUUCAUUCAAGUUUUUUUUUAAUAAAAUAGAUUAUGAGUUAGCUUAUCAUCAUUAUAAAAGUAUUAUAUCAUUUUAUCCUAAUAAUAUAUAUGUUAUUCAAAUUAUUUCAAAAGCUUGUUAUAACUUAGGAUAUAUGCAUUAUUAUGGAAUUGGAGUACCAAAAAAUAUCGAAAAAUCUUUGGCUUAUUUUAAUUCAUCUAUUAAAGUUUACCCAUCAUAUAAAGUUCCAUCAGUGUUAUUUGUUUUGUAUAUAAAAUUUAAUAAAUAUAUACAUAACUUAAAAAAAAAAAUUAGAAAUUUUUUUAACUUUUUAUAA